CGCCGCCCGGAGCCAUGAACCAGCAGUGCCGCGUGUGUGGCGAACCGGCCGCCGGCUUCCACUUCGGCGCCUUCACGUGCGAGGGAUGCAAGUCGUUCUUCGGGCGGACGUACAACAACGUGUCGUCUCUGGGCGAGUGCAAGAACGGCGGCCGCUGCGUCAUCAACAAGAAGAACCGCACGGCGUGCAAGGCCUGCCGCCUGCGCAAGUGCCUGCUCGUCGGCAUGUCCAAGAGCGGCUCCAGGUACGGACGUCGCUCCAACUGGUUCAAGAUCCACUGCCUGCUGGAGGACCGGCGCUCGUCCGCGGCCGGCGAGCUGGGCGGGUCGGGCGGCUCCGAGUGCUGGAGUGGCCCCGGCACCAGCGACGACGAGGGCGACGCCAUCGACGUGUGCGGCCCCCCGGAGGUGCCUCGUGGGUCGCCGCCGCCCGCCCGCACGUCGCCCGCGCUCAGCAGCCCGGACUCGCACGCGUCGGACAACUCGUUCCCCCUCGGCGGCGGCACCCCCCCGCCCUACUCCCUCUACCCCUACUUCUCCCCCCACACGGCCUGCUACGCGCCCUCCUACGACCUCUCCUUCGACGCCCCCGCCAUUAGACGCUCCCCCGAGGUAAGCCUGAGGGUGGGCCGCGCCCACAGCCCGCCCGCAGGCGCUGGGCACCUCAGGGCGCCCACAAAGCGCCCGGCUGAGUGCCCGGCGCCCCUCCCGCUGGCCAAGAGGCUGCGCCUGCUGGAGGAGAGGAGCGCGGCGGACGAGGCGCACCCCCGCCUGGCGCCGCCGCUGCUGCAGCGCCGCUCCGACGUGACCGUCUCAGUGUCCGUGAGGAAGGAGGCCCCGACCGCCUUGCCCGUCGGGAUCGCCCUGAAGGCCGCGACGCCCCCGUCGGACGUGCCAAUGGACCUGUCGGUGCGAUCCAGCGCCGCGUCUCCGCCCGACGCCGGCGCCGACCACGACAUCCUGGACUUGUCCCUCAAGUCCCGCCAGGACCCGAAGGAGGAGGACAAGGCCGAGUCCGCGAAGCCCGAGAAGGAGACCUGCCUGGAGAGCCCCGAGCGGCCGACGGCCUCCGCCCCCGGGGUGGCCGUAGGGAUGGGGGUGUCCUGCGCCCUCACGCCCCUGAACCUCGCCCUCCACCUCCAGCCGCGGGCGCGCUCCGUCUCCUAG